AUGCGCCACACUCUGCACGUCCUGUUGCUGCUGCUGCUCUGCUGCUUCACCAGUUCUUUUGCCACCGCCGAGCAUCGCUGCAUAUUUGACCGCAUUUCUCGCAAGCAUGCGCCCCCGAUGAGGGCAGUUGUGCGUGAAUUACCGAGCCGGGGGCGUGGCGGGACGCAGGUGUUGACUGCCUCUGUGUCUGGCUGGGCGCCCAUCCGUUUUAAGGUCUUCUCGGAGGACAUGAACAAUCCUUCCAAGUACUGCGGCGCUGCGGGAGAGCACCGCCCGGACUUGGAAGGAGGAGUCCGUGUGUGCCAGCAACAGGAUGUUCUUACGGCUGAAAAAAGUCCAUCAUCUUGGAUCAGAUGCUUCCCGAGCCAUACAG